AGACGAGAGACACUGUAAAAAAAUUCUUCCUUUUGACCCGAACUCUCGUUUGUGCGUGCUCCAAUCUCUUAAACAACAUGGCAAAGUCUAUGAUUCUUGUCCUCUUGGCGUGCCUUGUAGCCGCAGCAGUUUCUUCAAAAGUGGAUUUCAAAGAUUGCUCUGGUGGAAAAGGUGAAGGAGAGAUUGUAGAACUUGACAUUUCCCCUUGUCCCACUCAGCCAUGCACCUUACAUAAAGGCACCACCGUCAGUGUCAAUAUCACAUUUGUUCCGCAUGUCACUCUAGAUUCUGGCAAAGCUAUUGUACAUGGAGUGAUUGCCGGAAUCCCUGUUCCCUUUCCUCUACCUAAUGCGGAUGUUUGUAAAAAUUCUGGCCUGAAGUGCCCUCUUGAGCCUGGAACCAAGUAUGUCUACCAGAGUUCUCUGGAAGUGAAGACAAUGUACCCCUCUCUCAAGCUUGUUGUCAGGUGGGAAAUUCAGGAUAACAAGAAUAAAGAUGUUCUUUGUUUUGAGAUCCCUACACAAAUUGCUUAAACCUCAUAUUGAUUGGGAUGAGUGCACUUCCACGCCUAUUGGAUGAGACUUGAUUGUCAGAAGUAAUGAUUAAUAUUACUUAUGUGAAUAUUUUAUAUAAAAUUAAAAAGAGAGAAAAUUUUAUAAUAAAACAUAAUGGUCACA